AUCCCGCAGCCAGUAUCUCUUUCUCUUUCUCUCUCUCUCUCUCCUGAAAUCUCUCUCUCGCUGACCUGAGAGUUAUCCAAAUACUCUGGUAUGGCGAGAUCCCCCUCCUCGGGUUCCCACUCAACUGCUGUAUCGUAGUAGUCGACUACUUCCCUGCAAUCCGUUGGUCAGCUCACAAUAGCAGAUGAGUCCAUUGGAGGAGUUCGACUAGUCUCCACCGCUGCUGCGAGAUUCCGCCAGGUACACCGCUGAAUUUCCAUUUGGUUUGGGCGUCCAGGUGUGAUCUGAGGGGGGUGGGGAUGCUGGAUUUUGGCCUCCUCCUCACCCUUCUCCGUUCCAAUCCUGUCUGAACCUCCGAGAAUUGCCGUUCUCCGGACGCGGGGAGUGCUGUUCACGGCAUUAGUGCUUUGAUCUGUGAACUUUGGCAGACGGAACCUACCUUUUCUCUCUUGCCUUUACCCCGAAAUCUCGUGUCAACUGUGGGUCAUAGUGAUACCGCUGCGGUUGUUUAGAGUUCUUAGACUUAUCCACCCCUAUACCAGCCGUUAGCUUUGGGUAAUCUGCUGUACUCUCCAAUGAGAAGUCCUAUAUUUGAACCCUAAAAAUUAAUAUAAAGUCUAAUUUAGAGUGUUUAGGUCUAAAAACAUUUGGAACUCCAAUAUUUAAGUUCUAUAUCAAGUCAUUGGAAAAUAAUUCAUAUUUGUGUGGUACCUAUGAACAUGCACUCGAAGUGAAGAUUAUAAAACUUCUGCCCGAGCAAAGCGGCCGACCAAGUUACCACAGAGCAAGUCAGCGAGGCGAAAUAGGCGACCAAGUCCCAACCGAGUAAGAAAGGGAGACGAAACUGCCGACCAAGUCUCUAGGCCCACAAGGUAGAAACCUGAACCCAAUGAUAUCAAUGAUAUGGGCCCACAUCCGCCGCGAUGAUUUGGUGAUUUGGUGAUUUCCAUCUACUAAUAAUGCUCUUUUCAUGCUAAUCCUGCAUAUAAUCCAAAUGGUAAUCGAACCCUACUUCCACUAGGUUCCGCGCAUACCCUGACGGCAAGCCAUGUACCGGGUGAAGAGCCAGGCGGAGGGCGAGGGCGAGGGCAAGGACGAGAUGAUGUCGCAGGACCAGAUGGACUCGCCGGUGGACAACGAUGUCAGCAGCAGCCGCAGGUCGCCUCGCAGGGGCGUCGGGGCGCCCCUGAAGAAAGGGCCCUGGACGGACGCGGAGGACGCCAUCCUGAUAGACUACGUUAAGAAGCACGGCGUGGGCAACUGGAACGCGGUGCGGAAGAACACCGAGCUAUUGCGCUGCGGCAAGAGCUGCCGCCUCAGGUGGGCGAACCACCUCAGGCCCAACCUCAAGAAGGAGGCCUUCACCCCGGAGGAGGAGCGCCUCAUCAUCCAGCUCCACGCCAAGCUGGGGAACAAGUGGUCGAGGAUGGCUAUUCAUUUGCCAGGGCGUACUGACAACGAAAUAAAAAACUACUGGAACACACGAAAAAAGAGAUGUGAACGAGCUAGCCUUCCUAUCUAUCCUGCUGGUGUACGUAAUCAAUCUUCAAAUGAAGACCAGCAAUUGUCUGGUGAUUUGAACGGUGGCGAGAACAUGUCCAAUGAUCUUCUAUCCGGAAACAGCCUUUGUCUACCAGAUUUUAACAAUGACAGUUUCCGUGCGAAACUGAAGGCUUUACCACCACAGCUGCCAGCUGUUUCAAUAAGCAAUUUGCUCGGCCAAAGCUUUGCAUCAAAAGGUUGUAGCUUCAUGGAUCAGGUAGACCAAGCAGGGAUGCUGAAACAAUCUGGCAGUGCGCUUCCUACAUUGAGCGAUGCCAUUGACGAUGUGAUUUCCUCGGUUGAUCAAUUUUCAAAUGACUCUGAGAAGCUCAUGCAGACUUUAGGUUUUGGUUAUCUCAAUGAAGCCAACGCUACCAGCAAGAGUAUUGCGCCUUUUGGGGUUGCACUUACUGGCAGCCAUGCCCCUUUAAAUGGUAUUUUCUCUGCAUCUAGGCUCACAAAUGGUCCUUCGAAGAUGGAGCCCCCUUCAGUCCAAAAUAGCAGGCUCAAGUAUACUGUGGAUCCUGCAAUGCAGCCUACUGAGUUAGUAGAUCCUUACAUGCAGUCUCUAUCAGCGACCCCUUCAGUGAAAUCAGAGUGUGCAUCGCCGAGAAACAGUGGUCUUUUCGAAGAGCUGCUUCAUGAACCUCAUGCACUAAGAUCUGGGAAGAGCCAACAACCAUCGGUCCGAAGUUCAAGUUCUUCUGCUGGCACACCUUAUGGGACUAUGGUUAGCUCAGAAUUUGAUAUGGGUCAGGAAUAUUGGGAAGAACAGCCCGGUUCUCUCCUCAGCGAAUAUGCUCACUUCAGUGGGAAUUAUUUGGCUGAAUGCGCUCCUCCUGUUAGCGCUGCAUCAACUGAUAUCUUUCCGCUCCCCAAGAUUUCUCCUGCAGAAAGCCCUUCAAUGGGCUCUGGCGAGCAGGCGUUAGAGCCUAAACAUGAGUCAGCAGCUUCACGUACGUCAUCUUGGAAACUUGAGGCAUGAUGCAUUAUUCUCUGGGAACACAGCCCAUUCAUCCAGUUUCAACGAUACCAUAGCAAUGCUCAUCGGCGAUGUACCUGUUCUUGGUGAUGGAAUUGUGCUCGAUUCUUCCUCAUGGGACAACAUGCCACAUGCUUUUCAAAUGGCGGAAUUCAAAUGAGUUCCAUAUAAUUUCUUUGUGAUGCUGAAGGGCUUCUUCCUGCUUGUUUUGGGGUCAAUAUCAGGGAACGCCCCACUGAUUGUGACGCUGCAUUCCUGACAGAGAUCCUUGUGAUCUUCAUGCGGAUAGUCCUUUUGUCUAAUUAAGUGCAUGGAAGAUAACCUGGAUAUUAUUUUUAAUUUUUUGCUUUGUAUUAGAGAACCGUUUUUGCCAUCCCUGACAGCAUUUCUGUUGGAAACGUGUCAUGACUUUUGUUUGAACAAUUUAAAUAUCGGUUAUAGAUAAUGUGAUGUGUGCCAUCCCUUGAUGCAA